AGCUGCUGCUGCUGGUGCUGCUGCGUGGCGUCUCCUUAAAAUCGGAGAAUCGUCACCGGCUUUCCUUCCUGCCUUCUCCUUCCCCUCCUCCUUCAUCGUCGCCUGCACGUUCUUCUCCUUCUCCGUCUCCUUCGCUCGCUCGCGGCUUCGCUCUCCGUCGGAGAUACCGAGCUCUCUCCCUGACCGUCCUUUUCCUUCGUGUUUGGAGCUGUUGCUCCCCGGCGUUUCGCCGCUCGUUCGGGAUUUCGCCGCGGCGGCGAGGAGCGCCGGAGAAAUCGGAGCUCGUAAAUCCGGUCUGCGUUGUAGAAUGAGGAGAAGAGUACAGAGAGAUAUGUCGACUAUAGCGCGAAGGGGAGUUCAUUACUUGCAAAAGCUAAAUGCUGAAAAUGUUCCCGCUGAUUUGCUUGAGAGAGGCCAAAAUCGCGUGAUAGAUGCUUCCCUUACACUCAUUCGUGAGAGGGCAAAGUUGAAGGGAGAGCUUGUGCGAGCUUUAGGAGGUGUAAAAGCUACAUCAUCUCUACUGGGAGUUCCUUUGGGUCAUAACUCGUCAUUUCUUCAGGGACCUGCAUUUGCCCCACGUAUAAGGGAAGCCAUUUGGUGUGGUAGCACAAACUCAGCAACAGAAGAAGGGAAAGAAUUGAAAGAUCCAAGGGUGUUAACUGAUGUUGGCGAUGUUCCGGUUCAAGAAAUUCGGGAUUGUGGAGUAGAUGAGAGAUUGAUGAAUGUCAUCAGUGAGUCAGUCAAAUUAGUGAUGGAAGAGGAUCCGCUGAAGCCAUUAGUCUUAGGUGGUGACCACUCAAUAUCAUUUCCGGUUGUCAGAGCAGUUUCUGAAAAGCUUGGGGGUCCUGUGGAUAUCCUACAUUUGGAUGCCCAUCCUGAUAUUUACGAUGCUUAUGAAGGAAAUAAGUACUCACAUGCAUCUUCUUUUGCACGAAUUAUGGAGGGUGGUUAUGCACGACGUCUUUUGCAGGUUGGCAUCAGGUCAAUAACAAGUGAAGGACGUGAGCAAGGGAAAAGAUUCGGUGUUGAGCAGUUCGAAAUGAGAACCUUCUUAAGAGACCGCAAGUUUCUGGAAAACCUGAAACUUGGAGAAGGUGUCAAGGGUGUAUACAUAUCUAUCGAUGUGGAUUGCCUCGAUCCUGCCUUCGCUCCGGGUGUGUCCCAUAUUGAGCCUGGAGGUCUCUCCUUCCGUGACGUGAUGAACAUCCUCCACAAUCUCCAAGCAGAUGUAGUUGCUGCCGAUGUGGUCGAGUUCAAUCCUCAGCGUGACACUGUUGAUGGGAUGACGGCAAUGGUUGCUGCUAAGCUAGUAAGAGAAUUGACUGCAAAAAUAUCAAGAUGAGUACUUUCUCCUCGUCUUGUGGUCGAACGUCUGAUUGUGGUACUAGUGGAGAGCUUCCAAAUUGAUUGCUCAAAAGAAUGUUACUAUUUCCCAUUUCUUUUUUUCCAAAUUUACUGGCAAAUGAUCAUAUGCAUUAGAAUCAGCAAAUGAGAAUGUUCUUCUACCUGUUAUUGUUGUUUCUCCGGGACAUUGUAGCAUCAUAUUGAUGACAUUCAUUGUACAUGGUAAUGAAAUUGGGAUGCCAGCUGCUAUUAGAGAUGAUAAUAUUUAUAUAAUCUGUUGCUUCA